CUUGAGCUUGAGCGGACUCACUAAACGCUAAAUUGGCUUGAUCUUCUUGGUUUUGUUUUGAGGUGCGGGGAUGACGGAUGGCAGAUGAAAGUGGGGAGGAAGUAUUAGAUCCUCGGGUUCAAAUUCAGUUAGAAAAGCUCAACACUUGCACAGAUGAGAUCAACAGGCUAGAAGUUGAAUUAGAUGAUGCAAAUUCCCUCUUUCGUGCCACACUGACUGAUUCUAGUCAUAAAUUGCGCUUGCUCUCAAAACGACUGGGUAAAGCCAUCGAAGCUGCACGACCGUACUAUGAAGCCAAAGACCAUGCUCACAAGGCCCAGCUGGAAUGCCAGCGUGCAGCAGUGCAAUAUCAGCGAGCAUCUGAAAUACAUCAAGCGGCCAAGGAGACUAUCUCUUUGGCGGAGCAGCGUUUCCUCAGCAACCAGGGGGAGUGGGAGUUUGACAAUGCCUGGCAAGAAAUGCUCAACCAUGCCACUAUGAAGGUGAUGGAAGCCGAGGCCAUGCGUCUCGAGAGCGAACGGGAACAUCGGAAGCGGGCCGCCUCCUUUACCGAAGCUGAGCACCGCGUGCACUCCUUGGAGCGACGCUUGAAGAAGGACAUAGCAAAAUCGAGGCUGUACUUUGAGAUGAAGUCAAAUUUUCAGAAGAAACUCCAGGAAAUCAAGGGCCAAGUGGAAACACUGCGCAAGGCCGUUUCCCAGUCGAAACAGUCGUACACGGACGCUCUGCGUAGCCUCGAGUUGAUUUCUUCGGAGAUUCAUGAGAAAAGGAAGCUGCGUAUCCAGCGUGACCCGAGGGGAAGGGCGGAACUACAUCCUUCGGUGCCUUCUUCGCACAGUCCUACGUUGACCCUGUUGACAGAGUUGGGAACCAAGGUCUUUGAUGCUUCUUCCACAGGUUAUUUCCAUGGCAAUAGUCAGCACUUGGAGGUUCCUUGUGAUCGUCUGUCAAGGGCAGAGUCUGAAUCCUAUGGAUCGCUUGGUUCCUCGCAUGACAGCCCCUCCAAUGGGAGUACGUUGUCCUUGCCAGCGGACUUGUCACGAACUGCACUUGCGGACAUGCUCAUGGGGCUCUCGCUGGACAAUGCAACUCGUUCAGAACAAUGCUCAGGAUACCAAGGAGAUUCUAGAAAAGAAGGAUCGUUGCAGAUCGGAGGGCCAGAUGAGUUUGAAGACAUUGAUCUGAAUGCUGAUUGAUAUACUGUCAAAUGUAGAUCUGCUUGCAGUUCAGCUUUUACGGAAAUUCUGCUAUGUAUUUAGAACCUUGUGUUUUAGGGUUAAAUCCGUAAAAAAAAAAAGUUUUUCUUCGUGUUCAUUUGAAAUACGAGAAGUGCUUUUUAAAGCAAUUAGUUUUGUAGGGCCAUCCAACAUCAACAGCCGUGUAUGUCCGUACGUAACAGUUUUGGAGAUCAUGAAGGAAAGGGGAAGAAGGAAAAAGAAGUUAGAGUGGAAUCCAUUAUAUUAAGCUACCUCAGAUGAUUGCGUUUGGAAAGAUUUUCAAAAGGUGCAACCCAUUUUCAAAAAAAAUAAAAAAAUUACCCGAUAUCGCUUGAUUUGACCCCCUCCCAGAUGAAACCCGACGUUUUCAUAGAGACGUGAAACCCAAAAACACAAGGAUCUAGACAUGGUUCAUUUGACCUACUCAGCUUUAAGAUUGGUUGGCUGUCUAUAUCAACAUUUUGUUUGCUGUCUGUGCAGAUUCUCGAGUGUCGUCCCCCCACCUCAAGUACCCACAAAAAUUAUUUCUUCGAGGCUGCCACCCAAGCAUAAGGUAGUAGUAGCAGUACAUAUAGCACAUGUUACUUUAGAAGUAGCAUUAUGCCACUUCUCACAGUCUUGCUUCACCUUGUCUAUACUAUGUAUAUAUAUACUCUACUUAACACAAUUUCAAGCGACGCAUUGUGAUUCGAGCCUGCCAAGGCAGAUGCAGGCCUCAUGCCACGUUUUUAUAGUUACUGAUCAACAUGUGUUACAAAGAUUUGACGUAAUUUCGUGAUGAACUGCAUCGACAAGCGUAGUGGUCAGAGCCACCAAACUUUAGCGUGUGACACAUAACAGAUUGCACGCAGUUUACUUUAACUGCCGCAACAUGAUGAGAAGGUUCUCAGGGUGCACUAUUGUUGGAGGCAGCAUUUGUACUCCACCUUAGUCUGUUCUCCACUUAUUAGACUGAGCGCAGGCAUAGCAGCAGGCUUUUGGGGCGGGGGAGCACGCACUGUUUUCGUGCAAUGUCCGUUGGAGGCUGCAUUUUUACUCCACCUUAGUCUGUUAUUCACAUAUUAGACUGAGCGCAGGUACGGAAGCGGGCUUUUGCGCCCGCUUUGUUUUUGUGCAAUGUCGUUUAACUGGAAACAUUAGGAGAUUGCAUCUUAUGUCUUUUCUACAUAAAUCACGAAGGCUCUCCUCUCAAUGACAGUAGCACAUUUUUUAUGAAGUUAUGAGUUCCCCAAGUGUGGAAAGGCUCCCACUUGUGUCGGAGAUGUUCAACAUUCAACAUUUCAACGUUUCAAGACGUUCAACAUUAUGAUCUAGUUUUUAAAACCAGUGUCAUUAUCUCAAUGCAUCGUCGUAGUGAACUAACAGACUGUUAAAUCACAUAACUCUGCAUUCUCUCUUCUGUUUCAACUCCAGUGCAGUUUAUAGAGAUAUACAUAUACAUUAUCUAUGGCACACCUUAAGGGCAUUGUUUAUCUCUUUGUUUGUAUACAACUUAUUUUCCUUCUGUUUAUGGGAAUGUUUCGUUACUCUCUUGCUGUGUAGACACAGAGAUGGGCUACCUUUUCUCUGCUGUAGACUAGCAUACUCUUACGAUCUCUGUAUAGGUGCUUGCUUUUAUGUACCCCGCGCAUGUAUGUGCAAUGCUCUUUUACGGAGCUCAUGCUUGGUACUACACUGUAGGUUCCUUCACUAUGCACGGUGGCACCAACAGUGCACGCAUAUAUUUCAUUUGCAUUAGCCAUUUCUGUUGCUGACCCUCAAGAUAUUCAUUUAUCACUACAUAAGGCUGUAUGUUAGGAAAGGCGUCGUGUGUUACGAAAGUGAUGCCGUUGCUCACGUGUGGACGUGACCGGAGAGACAUUGACUGGUGGUGGUGCGACCUGUGUAUCUGGGCCCUCCCUCUUUUAUUUUUUUUUGUGUGUUGGGAAUUUGGCUGUGUGUAUUGUCCUGUGUGACUGGCCCAUUGGGUUGGUGCACGGCUGCUGUUUGAGUAGUCUUCAGAGUCUGACAAACUUUUUAAAUGUACCAGCGAAACUCCAUAAGAAAGGACGGUACGGCAAUAUGUGGCUUGUUCUCUGGAUAUAUAGAUCUUGAACCCUGCUCUAUCCUACUUGGUAAUUAGAUUUAAAAAAUGACAUGAUCAAGAAGAAUGAGAAAGGCUUGGGCGUUUGUAGGAAUAGGAAGUAAAUAAAUAAAUUCAUUAAUUAAGUAUUUCAGUUGAAAGUGCAAAUGAGGUCAUCUUGCUUCGCAUUGUUCAGAGUAUGUCCCAGCAUGUCUUGCAGGAAAGGGCUCAUAUCGGUUACUGCAGAUACUAAGAUGUAGAACAGCGUGCCCCAUAGGGGUCAAAGAGAAAUGUGACAUUUCUUUUUGCACCUCCUGCUUUGUUUACCUACUGUAAUACUGCAAUAAUUAUGCAAAUGCAAAAUAAUUAUGGUAUGCAAAAUGACAUAUUUCCUGCUUUAAUGCGAGCGUUAGGUUUGAAGAGUGACCUUGCUUACCUGAAAAGUGUCCUGGCAGGCUGUAAUAUCCGGGUUACAUCCAUUACUAUAAUAGAAAUAAUUUUAAUUUGGAUUUGGUGCCCACUAUGGGCAGCACUACUGAAAAGCUACUGACACAAGAGAAAAAUGUGGCUCGAAUCAGAAUUAUUAGCACUUUUUUGACAUUUUUGGUAAGCACUGCUUUUUUAUUAUCCAUAAACGUUAUAUGAAAUGUACACAUAUAUCAGCAGUGAGAUAAUCCUGAUAUUACUGCUAUAAGGUCAUGUACACCCAUUACUUUCGAGGUGUAUGAUGGAUUUGCUGAAAUGAAUGCAUGUUAGCUUCUUGUUAGGAACACAAUCACCUCAUUUUUUUUCAGAGUAGAGUGCCAAGCAAUCUUAUACAUAAAAACAGAUGUAACUCGGAAAGUAGAGUUGUCCUUUACCAGGAGGUGUGGUCACUGCAACAGGUGAUAAGAAAGCGAUACAAUUUUCUACAAAGUGAAGCAAGCUUGAGCCUUUCGAUUCUGUAACUCUUGUUAGCAGCCACAUAGAGCUUUGAUAAUGCCAUGCUAAUGCCCACUUCGACACAGUCAGAGGACAAAAAUGUGAAGAAGCAAAUGAAAGUAGCGAAAAAGAUUGAAAAAAGGAAGAAGCAAGUGCAACAGCAUUUGCUUUUCCUGUUUGCUCUAAUGCAUCAGUACAAGAAAAAACAUUCCAGAUUUCUGUUGUCAGUUUCUCUGUGAAGGUGUAAAACUGUACCCACAAAACUUUCUAUACUAAUGUUCAACUUGAGAACGAAAAGAAAUAUAGUCCGUCAGCUCUCAAAAUACUACUGCGCUGCAGAUGAGAUGGUUGGGCACUAUGAAUUAUACAGGAAUUCCUGUAUCAGCUGUACGGCUGAUACAGGAGGUCUAUAUACUGAUAAAUAUUGAUGAUGAUCAAGAACACUGUCAAACAAAAACUGACAUGGCAUUGUGCUACAAUGACUGUGAACACAAUACUUAUUAAUUCACCAGAGAGCUAAGCUGAUAUGUUUUCCUUGUCAGGGGCUGGGGCUUAGCCACCAUGCAAAUGUGCUGUGGCUAAUCGAGAUAAUUUUUAUGGCAAGAUGGCAUUCCACCUCGCAUGGCACUUUCGUGCAUAGACAUUUUUAGUACUAAAUGGCAUACUUCGUGUAGAAUGCGGCAUGAAAUUUUCAAUGAAAUAGUUAGCAGCACGGCGUUAACUUGUAAGGUAUCCUCAAAAUUAAUCGUGUUUCAUUGUUCACUGUAUGUGUUAUGCAUUGAUGUCAGUGUGACAUGUUCCAAAGCACAUCAUGAACAUCGUUGUAAUUUCAAUUUUAUUUUUUAGACACAAUGCUUCUCGCAUACAGUUCCGCAAUGAAGUAAUAUUUUUGAAUGCCAUGGCCCAUGCUCGAACACUGAGACGCUAUAAUCCUAUAAACUCUUAGAAAUUUUAUAUCCUCAUUAAAAUUUUACAGCGCAAACAUGCUACAAUCAUCUACUAAUCAUGCCAUCUGGAUUUUACACACUUCAUUCAGCAUUACCUGAGCCCACAGGUUGUAUCCUUCAACCAUCCAUCUGUUUUGACAUAUAGAGUGCAAAAAUGUUAAAGUGAACUUGCAUUCCACCAGUAUUAAAAUAGAUGUCUUUUGGCACUGCAACUGCUGACUUGCCAUCUCGAAGAGUACAAAAAGAGGGCAGACGUACAUACGACACAAGCUUGGACGUUUUCUUUGCACAUGCUGCUGAGAGGGUCACCUAGAACAGUUUCACAUUUCUUGGUCUUGCACGUUUUUUUUCUUUUUUUACUACGCUGUGUGCAGCAUUCGUGAUGUCGAAUGCCAUGAAAAAGUCUGAAGUGGGUGUGAAACAGUCGCAGGAUCACCCUCUUUUUUUUUAAUGAAAUGUGGAGAUUAGUUGUGACGUGCAUUUUUUGUAGCCACAGUGAACAUCAGAGAGGUGUUGGCUGAAUUCUGUGCAGUGUUAUAUAGUUACGUUGUACAAAAUGAGAGAGAGAGAGAGAGGUUGCAUUCUUCUGACCGUCCACAUAGUUGCCAAGUGUUCGUUCUCAGCAAUAGAAGUUAACACUGAAAUCUAGGUUGUGCACGGGUACAUACGUUUGAGUGCCGUUUUAGGUAGCUUUUUGAGAUUCACGACAUGGUGUAUUGAACUGAGAUGUUUGUUAGAAAAUGUGCAAACUACAUUUAAAACGUAACGCACAACAUACCAGCUGUGUGAGAAAAACAUUUACAUUGUGAAGAUGUGUGCAAACAGUGUUUACGCAUACAUCUUUCGAAACUUUUGUUGGUAUGAGUGAAUAAACACGAAUUACCUCCAAACA